CCACACGUUCACACAGUAACAGCACAGGCUACAAAAAAAAAAAAAAAAAACACAGAGAAGCAGCGUUUGAUCCCACGAGCCUCACAGUAUGCCACCGGAGACAACCUCGGAGCUGUCGGAGUCUGACGUCACCAGCACCAUCUUCAAGGAGACGGAGCUCACCUUAGGAUUACCCGGCGAGGCUCGUUCUCCGGCUCCCAGUCCCACCGGAGGAAGGACCUGCACGAAACGUGGAUUCAUCGAGACGGUGGAUCUUAACCUGGGGAGCUCUACUAGCAAGCCGCGUGGCAAAACUCUUGCUGACGAGGAUGACAAGUCGGAGAUUAUUGUCACCGGUGCCGGGAAAGCCCCAGCUGCAAAGGCACAAGUGGUCGGGUGGCCACCGGUGAGAUUGUUUAGAAAGAAGGCGUUGGAGGGGUCCAAGUACGUGAAGGUAGCCGCAGAUGGAGCGCCAUAUUUGCGUAAAGUGGACCUGGAGACGUACGAAAGCUAUCAGGAGCUGCUGAAAGCCUUGGAGCAAAUGUUCACUUGCUUCACUAUCCGCGGUAAUUAUCUUGUGGAAAGGAGGGUUGUGGAUCCAAUGAAGGAAAUGGAAUAUCUGCCAACGUACGAAGACAAGGACGGUGAUUGGAUGCUAGUUGGAGACGUUCCUUGGAAAAUGUUCAGAGAAUCAUGCAAGCGUAUUCGCUUGAUGAAAAGCUCAGACUCAGAGGCUGUGGGGUUAGCUCCUAGAAGUACUCCUCCUCCAAGAUGCACAAGCACAAAUUGAAAAAGCAAGUGACAAGAUCAAGACUGGAAUGAUAGAAUAGAGAUUAACCCGAUUUUCUUGGUUGGGGAAUGAGUGCAUCUAGAGUAGAAGAAUAAGAUAGAAGGCUGCUUGUAUUAAUUUUUCUUUUUCCUUUUCCUUUUUUAUUUAUUUUUUUAAUGUAAGUUUUCCUUUUUAUUUUACUUCGGUGAUAACUGAUACGUGCCUUCUUGUAAUAUAUAUAUAUACUUUUCAAUUUCUUUUUA